AUGGAGAUUUCGGAGAGAGUAAGAGCUCGAUUGGCUAUACUCUCUUCUCAUUUAUCGGCAGUGAAUCCCGUCGAAUCGAGUAGUCAAGGAUCUCCGGCGAUCGAGCGGUGGUCUACAUCGGCGGAUAUCAGUACCUCACCGCAUGGAUCGUUAAAAGGAACACUGACGAUCAUCGACGAACGCACCGGAAAAAAAUAUCAGAUUCCAGUCUCAGAAGACGGUACCGUUAAAGCCGUUGAUCUCAAGAAGAUUGCGACGGGGAAGGAAGAUAAGGGGAUUAAAUUAUACGAUCCUGGUUACUUGAAUACAGCUCCGGUUCGGUCUUCCAUUUCGUACAUCGAUGGAGACGAAGGGAUCUUGCGUUAUCGUGGAUAUCCAAUAGAGGAAAUGGCUGAGAGUAGCACUUUUCUGGAGGUUGCAUAUCUACUAAUGUAUGGGAAUCUUCCUUCUGAAAGUCAGCUAUCUGAUUGGGAGUUUGCAGUUUCACAGCAUUCAGCUGUGCCACAAGGAGUAUUAGAUAUUAUACAGUCUAUGCCUCACGAUGCACACCCAAUGGGAGUUCUUGUGAGUGCAAUGAGUGCGCUUUCCAUCUUUCAUCCUGAUGCUAAUCCUGCUCUUAGGGGCCAGGAUAUUUACAAUUCAAAACAAGUUAGAGAUAAACAAAUUAUUCGCAUUAUUGGAAAGGCACCAACUAUUGCAGCAGCUGCUUAUCUGAGGAUGGCAGGGAGGCCUCCCGUUCUUCCUUCAGGCAACCUUUCUUAUGCGGAGAAUUUCCUGUAUAUGUUGGAUUCCCUGGGAAAUAGAUCCUACAAACCCAAUCCUCGGUUGGCUCGGGUGUUGGACAUCCUCUUCAUACUGCAUGCGGAGCAUGAAAUGAACUGCUCCACUGCUGCUGCUCGGCAUCUUGCCUCGAGUGGUGUUGAUGUGUACACCGCUGUUGCUGGAGCUGUGGGAGCACUUUAUGGUCCACUUCAUGGUGGUGCAAAUGAGGCUGUGCUUAAGAUGUUAUCAGAGAUUGGGACUGUUGAAAAUAUUCCUGAGUUCAUCGAGGGUGUGAAGAACAGGAAGAGGAAGAUGUCUGGUUUUGGACACCGUGUGUACAAAAACUAUGACCCACUUGCUAAAGUCAUAAAAAAACUAGCAGAUGAAGUAUCCUCCAUUGUCGGAAGGGAUCCUCUAAUUGAGGUAGCUGUUACUCUCGAGAAGGCAGCUCUCUCUGAUGAUUACUUUGUUAAGAGAAAGCUUUACCCAAAUGUUGAUUUCUACUCUGGUUUAAUAUACAGGGCAAUGGGAUUUCCACCUGAGUUCUUCACGGUCUUAUUCGCUAUCCCUCGCAUGGCUGGAUACUUGUCGCAUUGGAAAGAAUCGUUGGAUGAUCCGGACACCAAGAUCAUGAGACCGCAACAGGUGUAUACGGGCGUGUGGCUGAGGCAUUACACUCCAGUGAGAGAGAGAAGGGCGACAGAUGAGUCGAAGGAGUCGGAUAAAUUGGGUCAAGUCUCGAUUUCGAAUGCAUCAAGAAGACGUUUGGCUGGAUCUUCAGUCUAG